GCGGUGGAGAGUGGACGCUGAUGGGGGACGAAAAGGAGACCUGGAAAGUUAAAACUCUUGACGAAAUCCUACUAGAGAAGAAACGCAGAAGAGAAUUAGAAGAGAGAACAGAUCCCAAGCGCCAGAAAAAUGUAAAGUAUCCCAAAGCUAAUUUCACCCAGGGCCUUGUUCCACAGGCGGAUGAUCGGGAAGCCAAACGAGACACUCCGGAGGAAGGAGAACUACGGGACCAAAGGAUGGAAAUAACAAUUCGUAAUUCCCCGUACACACGGGAUGACUCAACCGAGGACAGGGCAGAGGAAGACGAAUCGCUAGCAAUCAAGCCUCCACAGCAAAUAGCAAGAAAAGACAAAUCUCACCACAGAAAGGAGGAGAAGAGAAAAGAUAAAAGACGUCAUCGCAGUCACUCUGCUGAAGGAGCAGGGAAACAUGCACGACCCAAAGACAAAGAAAAAGAGCGAGAGAGCGAACGCAGGAAGAGACAGUGGGAAGAAGACAAAGCCCGACGAGACUGGGAGAGGCAGAAACGAAGGGAGCAGGCCAGAGCUCAUUCACGCAGAGAGAGGGACCGGCUGGAACAGCUUGAGCGCCAGCGUGAACGGGACCGAAAGUUGCGCGAGCAACAGAAAGAGCAACGAGAGUUGAAGGAUCGAGAGAGGAGGGCUGAGGAGCGACGCAAAGAGCGAGAUUCUCGACGAGAGGUGCCGUCUCACCAUCGGAUGCUACCUGAUGAGUAUGACGACAAGCAAAAACAAAGUCACCGCAGCCGAAGUCCCACCCGCCUUCCCCGGGACAGAUCUGAACACAGCGAACCACGCAAAAGUGCAACAUCGAAGGAGGAGAAGCCAGAGGGAAAAGACCUGCUCGCCGACCUCCAGGACAUCAGUGAUAGUGAAAGGAAGACCAGCACAGCAGAAUCCUCCAUAGCUUCAGAAUCGGGUUCGGACGACGAUGAAGAGGAUGACGAUGAUGAAGAGGAGUCCAGCAGCCAGAGCGAGGGUGAAGAGGAGGAAGGGGAGGAGGAGUCUGUUUCAGGCUCGGAAGGUCCGGAGCAGAGUGCAGAGGACGUGAGUGAGGAUGAACAGUCAGAUGAUGACUUUGAAGAGGAGAGGGAAAAUGGAAAUCACAUACCUGCAGUGCCAGAGUCCCGUUUCGAUCACGACUCCGAGGAGAGCGGCGAGGACAUGGAGGAAGAGGACGAGGAGGAGGAGGAUGAAGCAGGUGAGGGUGACCCCACGCCUAAAUCUGAGACUCAUUCUCGCUCACCCACCCCCGAAGGGAACUACAUCCCAGACUCUCCCCCAAUUUCACCUGUGGAGCUGAAGAAGGAGCUGCCGAAAUAUCUGCCUGCUUUACAGGGUUGUCGCAGUGUUGAGGAAUUCCAGUGCUUGAACCGAAUAGAGGAGGGAACCUAUGGUGUGGUGUAUAGAGCCAAGGACAAAAAGACUGAUGAAAUUGUGGCUUUGAAAAGACUGAAGAUGGAGAAGGAGAAGGAGGGCUUCCCUAUCACCUCUUUAAGAGAAAUUAAUACAAUCCUGAAAGCUCAGCACCCAAACAUCGUCACAGUACGGGAAAUAGUUGUUGGAAGUAACAUGGACAAGAUCUACAUUGUAAUGAACUAUGUAGAACAUGACCUGAAGAGUCUGAUGGAAACCAUGAAGCAGCCCUUCCUGCCAGGUGAAGUAAAGACUCUGAUGAUUCAACUGCUUCGAGGUGUCCGACAUCUCCACGAUAACUGGAUCCUCCAUCGUGAUCUGAAGACGUCCAAUCUGCUGCUGAGCCACAAGGGUAUCCUCAAGAUUGGAGACUUUGGUUUGGCCCGGGAAUACGGUUCCCCCCUGAAGCCCUAUACCCCGGUAGUGGUGACCCUGUGGUACCGAUCACCAGAGCUGCUGCUUGGAGCCAAGGAGUACUCCACAGCUGUGGACAUGUGGUCAGUGGGCUGCAUAUUUGGCGAGCUCCUCACCCAGAAACCUCUUUUCCCUGGAAAAUCUGAAAUUGACCAAAUUAACAAGAUUUUCAAGGAUCUGGGGUCACCCAGCGAGAAGAUCUGGCCUGGGUACAACGAGCUGCCCGCUGUGAAGAAGAUGACUUUCACAGAGUAUCCCUACAACAACCUGCGAAAGCGCUUCGGAGCGCUGCUCUCAGACCAGGGCUUCGACCUCAUGAACAAAUUCCUCACCUACUGCCCCAGUAAGAGGAUCUUAUCAGACGAGGGGCUCAAGCACGAGUACUUCCGCGAGACGCCGUUGCCCAUCGACCCGUCCAUGUUCCCCACCUGGCCGGCCAAGAGUGAGCAGCAGAGGGUGAAGAGAGGCACCAGUCCUCGUCCACCCGAGGGAGGCCUGGGCUACAGUCACCUGGGUGAUGACGACCUGAGAGACACAGGCUUCCACCUGACAACAAGCAACCAGGGAGCAUCUGCCGUCGGUCCAGGUUUCAGCCUCAAAUUCUGAGCCCAAAAACUGCAGGACCCCUGGCGGUCUCGCUGAGAAAGAGGGUGUGGGGGAGUUCUCGGACUGGUUGUUGUUUUGGAACUGGACAGUGUCACUGGUUUACAACUGUAAACCCAAUCAAUGCCUGGUCAUUGCAACUGUUACUAAAUAGUCAGGACUGUCUCACAGCAAAGACUGGUGGCUCAAACAUGUUGAAUUUCCAGUGUUUUCCCUUCACUUGUCGGCUUCUUUUCUGUAUUUUCGAGCCAUUUCGCCAUUUUAAAUGUGGUCAUUUUAGCUCUUAAAGAGGAGACACAACCAUACAUCUGUUAGAAGUUUAGCUCUCAUGUUUGACUUUUGUUUUAUUUUCCCUUUUAUACUUCAUGAGAGAGAACCAGAUUUAGUAAAUGGUUGGUAUUUCCUGGCUGCCUGAGCUACUGUAUAAUGAUGCAGCAUUGGCUGUGUUUUCCAUCCAGCAUUAUGUUAGAAAUUUACUCAGUACUGUUGGGUCACUUGAUGACAGGGGGACAAUGUUUUUGCUAGAAAUAAAGUUUGAAACUUUG